AUGUUAGCGCCUAUCAAGCCGAAAGAUCUCUAUAUCAUCAUCAUCAUGAACCACAAUGGUAUUGCUGAUGGUCCAACUGCAAGACGAAAACCGAAAGUCCCAUUGCCUCAAAUUCAACGGCAUCCCGCUUAUUUCGAAAAUCCAUAUCAAAAUUCCGUCUUAUUCCAUUUCAAAUUGAGAGAUAAACAAGAUGCACUUUUGAAGAAAAUUGUUCUGGAACAUGCUCAUCAAUCCGAACGUGACGUUGUAGAAAAAAAUGGAGGGAAAAAUUUACGCCCUUCAAGUCCUGGUUUUCCUAAAACUUGUGUUAGCGAAGAACGUUCGCUUAAAACAAAUUACAUGUUUCUUAAAGAUAGAGUACAUAGUUUACCAAUCACACCGGUAGCAGAUGAAUCAUUCACUAGAAUUCUAAAUUUUAUCGAUCCAAAACUCAGAGAAGGAGUAUCAAUGCAGCCAGUGAUAAAAAAAAUAAUUAAUGAAACAAAAUUAUUGUAUGAAGAUAGUAUGAAAAAAAGUCAAUUGCAACAUGUAUUAAUUGCGCCUAAAGUCAAGGGAUUGGAAGAUGAAGUCGCUGGACCACCACCUGUAGAACCAAUUGGUUUAGACUUUUCCAGUCCAUGGGAAAAUAUAUUUCAAGCAAAUCGUGAUGCUAUUAAAGAGACUCUAUUUAUUGUUCAUCCAACUCAUCGACAAGUAUUAGAAUUAUGUGAUAAAGCAUUAUCACCACGUUUAAUGAUUGAUUUCAAACGAUUAAGACAACUUGGUCCAUUAGAUUUUCCUCAUUUAAGAAGUUUUAUUCUUCGCGAUAUUGAACGUACCGAAGAUUACUUAAGCAAUGGCUUUUUUCCAUUAAUAUGUCAAAUUUUUCAAAGUGGCAAAGUGUCCGGUAUAACUCCAACACCUGAAAAAAUGGACCAUUUUUUUAAUUCGGUUAACACACUUGUGUCAAAUCAAUUGCGUGAUUUACUAGAACGCAGUAUUGAUGUCUGGUGUUCACUCUUUCGUCCUGAUAAUCAAGAUUUUUUACCCAUAUUAAAAUUAGACUUAUUGCUUAAUGAAGAUGAAUCAAAAGGAAAACAACAAAUUGAAUUUUCACCAACAUUUAACGAAUUAGUUGACGUAUUAAAUUAUGUCGUGGAUAAAAUUGGUCAUUCAAUUAAUGGACCAAAUCGUACUAGAGUAGCAACUAUGCAAUCGUUUUUAAGUGGUGAUGAUAAUGUACCGUUGGACACAAGAGUGACACAAACCGUUGUUGAAAGAGCAUAUAAAAGUUUAAAAACAUCAGCUGAAUAUUAUUUUCAAGAACCAUUACAAUUACUUAAAACAUAUGAAGAUAAAUAUAAUUAUUUGAUAGAUGGACAAGCAAGUGAUGAUGUACAAAAAUUUAUAUCAGAAAAUCAUACGUUUGAUGAAUACACACAAGAAUUUGAACGAUAUAAUUCUGUUGUGAAACAAAUAAUGCUUGAACCGACAACAGUAGAAUUUAAUCUCAUUCAAACAAGUAGUGAACAAUUGAAGACGAGUCUUGUUGAAGCAGCAAGAAAACAUCGUCAAACAUUAUUGGAUAAAUUGGUCAAUGAUUACAGAAACGAAUGUCAAUCAAUAUGCGGCGAAUAUGAAGCAGUUAAACAACGUGCUCUGACAAAACCGUCAACGACAGCUGAAUUAAAUGAUAUAGUCAAAUUUAUUGAUAAUGCAAAAGGCGAGAAGACAUUACAAUUAAUGCAAAGAAUCAAAGAAAUGCAACGUCAAAUGGAAUAUUUAUUAGAAGAAUAUUUAUUUUCCGAUGAUGAUAUUAAAUUGAAUUCUGAAACAUUGUUAUGGCCAAAUAAUAUUGGUCCUAUAUUUGAUACUAGUGAUGAAUUAACCCAACAAGUACGUGGUAAAAAUGAACAAGUGUUACUUGAAAAACGAGAACGUUUAAUAUCGGAUUUACAAAAAAUGCAACGACGUGUUGAUGAAUUUGCCGAUAAUGGUGUAUUACAGAUGAUGGCAGAAUAUGCACUGGAUGUGAAACAUGUUCAAAAGAAAAUUGUUGAUGUUGAGAAUGAAAUUGAAUGGAUUAAUCAAGAAGAAGUGCAAUUCAAAAUGGCAAAAUCAGAAUAUCCACAAUUGGAAGCUAUUAAAACUGCUGUUGAUCCAUAUUAUAGACUAUUCACCACUGUACGAAAAUGGCAAAUUGCCGAAAAAAAAUGGAUGGAUGGUUCAUUUUUGGAUUUAAAUUCAGAACAAGUCGAAGGUGAAGUGGAAGAAUAUGCAAGAGAAAUAUUUAAAAUCAAAAAACAAUUUACAAAUCUAGUUAAGAAGAAGAAAAUGGAAUUAGCCAAUAAAGUAAUGGAAAAACGAAAAGCAAGAGGUAAAAAACGUAUGGAAGAGGAAGCUGCUGGUACAACUGCUGGCGAUCAUGAUGCUAAUGAACAAGACGACAAAGAUGAGGAUGAAAGAGAAUUUGAAAAACUUGAAAAAGCAGAUCCCGAAAUGUUACGCAUUUGUACAGUUAUACUUGAUCAGUUGGAUAAAUUCAAGGUUCGCUAUCUGUUAGUGUGUGUUUGUGUUGUACCAUGUUGUGUAGUAACAAUACUAAUCGGGCUUUUGUUACAUGUGCACGCAGCUGAAUUUGCUGAACGAGAAGAAAUACAGCAACAGCUUGAGACCUAUGGAGAGUUAUUGUCCGGUCUUAUAAAUCAAGUUAAGGACCGUAUAAAAUCAUUUCAGGAAUAUUUACCUGUUAUCAGUAUUUUAUGUAAUCCUGGUAUACGUGAUCGACAUUGGGAGAAAAUGUCAACUAUUGCUGAACGAAAUUUGAAGCCGGAUACGGGAACAACAUUGAAAAAAGUUUUACAACUUGGUCUCGAACCGUAUAUGGAACAAUUUGAGCAAGUCAGUGCGGGAGCAUCUAAAGAAUUUUCGCUCGAAAAAGCAUUGAGAAAAAUGCAAGAAGAUUGGGAACCUGUCAUAUUUAAUACGGCAAAAUAUAAAGACAGUGAAUUAACAAUAUUGUCAUCAGUCGAUGACAUUCAACAAAUACUUGAUGAUCAUAUUGUUAAAACUCAAACAAUGAAAGGCUCACCAUUUAUUAAACCGUUUGAAGAGGAAAUUAAGAAUUGGGAAGCUCGUUUACUAUUAAUUCAAGCUAUUAUUGAUGUUUGGCUCAAAGUUCAAUCUCAAUGGAUGUAUCUUGAUCCAAUAUUUUCUUCUGAAGAUAUCAAUCAGCAAAUGCCAGAAGAAGGACGAUUAUUUACUACUGUGGAUAGAAAUUAUAAAGAUAUCAUGCGACAUUUGGAAAAAGAUACCCAUGUAUGUAUUGAGUCGAAAUUGAUUAUCAGUUUAGAAAUGGGCAAGUCCAUAUUUGGACCUUAA